AUGUCCGAGUGCUACGCCAGCUGUCCUGCCUCGACCGUCACAAUUCAGCCGCCUCCUUUUGUCCUAAAUAUUCCAGGACCAGCAUUGUACUGCCCUGACCAAGCCUUUGGCAUUGAACAACACAACCCAUGUGCAGGCUUUGGUGGCAUGGUGGGGAGAGGUGGCGGUGGCAUUGGCAUUGAGGGUACUGUUGGAGGGAGCAUGGGUGCUUUGGGCCCUGGAAGAGGAGGUUGGGGUGGUAGCUGGAGUGGUGGGAGUGGAAUAGGGAGUAGGAUGGGUGGUGGUUUGGGUCUUGGCGGAGUAGGAGGUGUGGGCGGUUUUGGACAUGGUGGUUUGGGCACUGGAGGACCCACAGGUCUGGGCAUUGGAGGGCUUGAAGGACCCAGAAGUGGUGGUCUGGGCAUCGGAGGAGUAGUUGGACCCAGAGGUAGUCUGGGCAUCGGUGGGCCAAGGGGUACCACAGCAGGUUGGAGUGGAGGUAGCGGAGUAGUGGGCACUGUUGGUGGUCGGAGAGGAGGUGUUGGGAUAGGCAGCGUGACUGGUGGAGAUUUGGGCAGUGGUGAAGGUGGAGUUAUGAGUGGUCGGAGAGGCAGUAUUGGAGCUGGGGGCUCUACAGCUGGUUGGAGUAGACAUCGUGGAGUAGGGGGCACGAUGGGUGUUCGGAGAGGCAGUGUUGGGACAGGCAGCAUCACUGAGGGUGAUUUAGGCACUGGGGGAGUUGAGGGCACCGGGCAUGGUGGUUUGCUCUCUGGUGGAACAAGGAUCACCACAGGAGGUAGCAGAAUAGGAGUUAGAAUGGGGGGACGGAGAGGUAGUAUUGGAACUGGAGGCGCUAUCUGUGGUGGAGUAGGGAGCAGCACGAGUGGUCGCAGAGGCAGCACUGGGACUGGUGGGCAUUAUGGCCUUAGUGGAACAAGGGGCAGUAUGGUAGGUGGUUGGACUGGUGGCUGCCGAGUGAGUGGAAGCCACCGAUAUGGCGGUAGCAUUGGGUAUGGCGGUGGUGGGUAUGGUGGUGGAUACAGCAGUGGUGGAUAUGGUGGUGGAUAUGGUUCCUCUGGAUAUGGAGGUGGUCAUGGUCACACAGGAUAUAGUUCUGGAGGAUACAGACGGAUCGGGUACUCUGCUGGUGGAGGGGAUGGAUACAGAAGUGGUGGAUUCAGCAGCAGAUCUUACGGAGGCUCCUAUGGAAGGACCCUGGCCGUGAUGCCAGGUCCUUCAGACAUCUCCUCCUAUUACUGA